AUGCCCGCCUCCACCUUCCACGUUCCACCUUCUCCUUCUCUCUCCUUGCCGCCGUUCUACAUUCUACAUCUCAUUCCCUGCAUCUGUCUAUACUCUCACGGUCUCACCCCAACCUCGCCCUUGCCCCCUCGUCCCUCGUCUCUGGCCCCUCCUUGGCUCCCCCUCCCUCUCCGGCUGCCCCUCCUCGGCUCUUCCUCCCCGGCUCGCCCCUCCUCCCGCCUCUCCUCCUUGUUUCCGCCUCUCCGCCCGCCUCUCCCCUUCUCGCAGUUCAGCCUGCUGUCUGCCUCUCGUCCUUUUGUUCCUGCUUUGCCUGCGGCUACCUCGUCCGCCCCUUGGAUUUACGACACUGGCGCCGGGCAGCACAUGACGGGUGACGCCUCCUGGGUGGAGGGUGUUUGUCCUCCUACUAAUCCCACAAAAGAUGCGCUUCGUACACUUUACGAAAGUGAUUCCGAGCAAGACGCUUUGUGUUGUACUAUUCCACCGUCCUCCCCUCCAUUCGAGCUUGGAUCCGAUGAUGCGGCCGCUGUCCAUGAGCCUCAGCCGGCCCCUACGAAACGCAUACACUCCAAGGACGAGCACACCCCCAAGGAACAUAACAAGAAAUCCAGACCCACCCGUCUGAGCGCCUCCAAGACGUUCCCGGGAACGCUCGGAUCCCCUGCGAGGGUGAAGAGAGUUACAUAG